CGGAGCGGCGGCGGCAGCGCGCCUGCGCAAUGCAUCCCGGGGCUCGGCGGCGUUCGGUGCUGGAGUGGGGCGGAUGGCAGACGAACGGCGGCGAUGGACAUUACUCCGCAGGAUUCCCAUUUACGAUGUCAUUAAAUAAGCAUCGGAGCUUCGCGCGUUGGCACCUUUCACCCUAGGACACUGACAACCCGGCAUUAAGGGAUGUUGUACUUUGUCUGCUUCCUGUUCUCUCAAGUACAUCAAUGACCAUUUUACCAAGACCCAAAGAAUCCUAGGAGGUGACGAUCAAAAAGGAGAGUGUGAAAUAAAGAAUCGAGGAGAGGAAGUUACGCUUCACCUCAGCUUUCUUGUCCAUUUCUGUGCCAGUGGGUCAGGGAUGGUGAGAACACAAAGUCCUCUUCCCUGUGGUCAAAGAAACCCCCUUGCCUUGUCCCACGUCUCCAGCAAGCCAAACAACCAGUCCUUCAGCCACAGAGACACUCAGACAGUCACUCCGUCAACCAGCCUGCUCUCGCCCAGCAACUUAUUACCUCACACCAUGACUGCUCUGUCUGGCCUGUUUUUAGGAACUCAUUAAUUCAUGCCCCGAAGUGUGAGUGGAGUAGAGAUGAGAAAAAGGCAGGCGGCACACAUCGAGCCCCCCCCCCAGGCCCCCGGACAGCCCCGACCUAACACCUGCUGCCUCUGUUGGUGUGGAUGCUGCAAGUGUCUCUGGAACGAGGAUCGAAUAGAGAGGAGCGAACGACAGACUUGCACCAAGAUGGACAGUAUUGAACCUGCAGAAGAACAACACCCCAGUCUAGAGGAGGUACUGUCAUGGGCGCGGAGCUUCGAGAUGAUGCUGCGCUCCUUGGAAGGCCGGGAGAUCUUCCGGGAGUUCCUGCGCUCGGAGUACAGCGAGGACAACCUGCUCUUCUGGAUGGCCUGUGAAGACCUGAAAAAGGAGACUAGUCCCUCUGUGGUGGAUGAGAAGGCCAGGAUCAUAUAUGAAGACUAUGUGUCUAUAUUAUCACCCAAAGAGGUCAGUCUGGACUCUCGGGUCAGGGAAGGAAUCAACCAGACCCUGGCGGAGCCCAGUAACCUGAUGUACGAGGAGGCGCAGCUCCAGAUCUACACCCUGAUGCACCGAGACUCCUUCCCUCGUUUCCUCAACUCCACCGUUUACAGAGACCUCCUGGCCAGCAGGAGGCGCACCUGCCUCGACACCUAGUCCCCUCCAUCCUCCCUCAUCACCAAACGUCAAAUACUUCUAUGGUGCCGGAAGUCGGGUUUGGAAAAGUCCCUCCCUGUUUUUUGAUUGACAAGACUGAAUGACAUAGAGAUAGCUGGUUGAUUUUUUUAUUUAUAUUUUUUAAGCAAUUUAUAUCCAGUUCUCCACUGGAGCCAGGUCGGCCUUUGCUGGUUGGUUAUUGGUCAGUUUAAGACCAUUAAUUCUGACCAGUGAAUGUUUCGCUAGCAGUGCGUGCUGUUUGUGUCGGUUGACUGGCCAACCCACGUGUCAUAUAUCAGUUGAGGUGGCCAUCCGGAUGGCCAGCUGUUGGUUAGCUGUGGACAAGGACUCCUCAGGCGGUGGGAAAAGAAACAGAGAGGCAAAAAGGACAAGCCAACUGUUCCUGUACUGUAAUAUUUAGACCUCAUGCUUUCUACCCUCACUCUCAUUCUCGCUCUCUACUGACUCUCUUUUUAAUGUUUUUCUACUUCUGUCCCGUUGCUCACGUGUAUAAUUUGAGUUUCCUCACUCUCCAAACAUGACAUCUAGCUAUUGGUGGGAGUUGGGUGCGUCGCUGCCUAUUUAACCAGUCUGAGCGCUGGCUCUGCAUGUAACUCUCCCUCCUUUACAGUAGCUUGACAGCGUAAGCCGUGGACUGCAACCGUUUUCAAAUAUUGAGAUUGAUUGAGACAGGUCUGUUUGUGGCUGUCUAUGUGCCAGCGAAGGGAAAAGUACAGUUCUGCCAAUUUUAAGCCUACUUUUUUUGUGUUUUUUUUUUUUUAAACUUUUUGGUGACUUCUGCUGCUACAGCAGCAUCCACACCUACUCAUUCAAUUGUCCACCUGUCCAUCCAUCUGUCCGUCCAAGCACUUUCCUUCUUUAGGAUUCUUAAAUCGGGAGAAGUAAGGGCUAGAAUUGUGGUUGGGCAGCUACAUGUAUUACUAUUGCUCAUGAAUUUUAAACAAAAAAUAUCUCCACAGAUAAAAUCACAAUGCCUUUACGUGUGAGACAAGGCAGCACAAGUGCUGCUGGAGUUUUUCCGAAUAGCAACCGCGGUUUGUCCUAUAAUCCCUGGCUCCCAUGUCCACCCCACCCCCUCACCCUCCCUUCAACUACGACUAUCGCAGCCUCGCAAGUGCAGGAGAAGAAAAAAUACAAAGCAAAGACUCUAAAUAAUCAUCUGCAUUUCUGUUUUAUUAUGAGAGCUGGUUGAGAUCACGGGGAGAUCCUUUCGUUAGCUAAGCCCUGGGCGUUGUCUGAAAGGCUUUACCUUUUAGAUGUUGAAGGUUAUGUGACAGUCUCUAUAGCAGGACGACCAGUAUCAUGCUGCAGAAACUGUAUGUGAACCAGGUGCCUAAGAUGCUGGGAAGGGAUACUAGAUGUGACUUGGCACCAGGUCGUAGAGCCCUGUCAUUCCGUUGUGCGUCUGCCUGUCAGCAGGUGAAGCAAUGGACAGUCCAGUUAGCUACUGCCCACCGAAGACACCGAGCUGGUGUUCUAGUUCUGCUGACAACACAGGGCUUGUGAAGGCGCUUGUGUAGUCCUGUGACAUAGACUCAGUUCCAUCAUGGUGUAGGCGAGCGGAGAGCAUGCUUACGCUUGGCCACGCCCCCUCGGUACCUCGUGCCGUACCUCGGGUUUGUUUUUCUAAUCUGACUUUGACAGCAUGCAGUGAUUGUGUGUGUGUGUGUGUGUGUGUGUGUGUGUGUGUGUGUGUGUGUGUGUGUGUGUGUGUGUGUGUGUGUGUGUGUGUGUGUGUGUGUGUGUGUGUGUGUGUGUGUGUGUGUGUGUGUGUGUGUGUGUGUGUGUGUGUGUGUGUGUGAGAGAGAUACAGUUACACACGUAGCAGAAAAACUCAACACAACAAUAGAGAGGUCUUGCCAAACAUUUAUUAUACAAAAGGACAUUUUACUUCACGAUGAGGUGAACAAAUGAACCGGAGCUUUGUUCCUGGCCUGUGGAUGUCCAGUUGGAAGUGCAUGAGUGCAGAGUACGAUGCUGUUUUAUUAUCAUACCACACGCUGGCAGGCAAUGUCUCGGUUCCAUGGUUGGUCUUAAAGUGUCAAUGAAACCUCACUGGUCGACGUAGGGAUCUAUGUUGCCGCCUCCUUUAACUACCUGAAGUUCAUGUUGCCAAGUUUGGUAUGGGUUCUGUUCAAGAGUGGAUCAUGCAGGAGCACUAGUGAAGUAUUAAAGUAGUACUGAAUGGCUGUUAUGUUAAUAGCUAACCAAAACCGGCCUUUUUUGUGCUACUCUUAGACGAUAGGAGCUUGAAGUGAACUGGAUGAAGAUGAACUCGUAGGUCAGCUUGUCCGUGGUGUAACUUUCCUACCAGCCUUUUUUUACUACAAGCAACAGGAUGAAGCUGCCGGUUAAUACUGGUCAUAAACUGAUAAUUGACACUGUAAAGACAGGGAAGGCUGAGCCAGUUGUGGCGUGCAAUCGUAUUCUAUAUAUAACCUUUGGCAAUAUACUACUCACACGCGAACUACAUUAACGUCCUUAAGGGCUUGAUUGAUAUUGCUUAGCUGCUUUUAAUGAAGAGCUGUACAUGCAUGUGUCCAGUUGAUCAGAAGCAGAGAAAUGCAGAGUAAUUAACAAGUUGUGAUACUAAUGCAUCAACUUCACACACUUCCUCCACACGUGGAGUACGUUUCUAGGGAACAUGAGCGUUUUACACAUUGUGUUUGGAGAACGGUGGAACUUUUUGAUUGGGUGGAAGGUUGCCUGUCACUCGUAAAGUUCCUCCUCUGCACAGAACAGCUGUCUCCCCCGCCGGCGAGUCUGUUAAUUGGGUGCAGAAGCAGAUAUUGAAAUACUGGUGCAGUUAAACCAAGUUUACUUUUGCUUUGCGAGCAGUGGAGCCGACUGGCCAGCGGGUUUCAGGCUGGUACGAGUCUCUGCCCUGUGCCCACGGGCAGUGGGGAGUUUAAACUGGGAGUGUUUUACUGGGAGGACGGAUGAGGCAGAAGCCCCAGAUUUCUGCUUGGGUCCUUUCCUCUUAAUUUAUUGUGACAUUCACACAGUGUGGGGAAGGAAAGUACAGUUGUCUCAUUUUAAAAGUGUGGAUUUUACAAGCGACGAUGAUGUGUUGGAGCUUUUCCAGAUGAACAGGCUUUUUUAAACGUAGCUGUGGCUUUAUUGACAAAAAAAAACAACAACUGAGAGCGGAAGUGUCCUGGUGGGACGGUGGUUUGCAAAGCUUUGGCCUUACUGACACGUUUUAUUUUUUUCCUUUGUAUAAAGAAAAAUGACUCAACAAAAAAAACGUCUCUUUAGGCUUUUCACUACCUCUCAUGUUGGUUAAUUUAUUUCACAUCUAGCUGUCAAAAGUACGAGUUGUUUUUAGAUCUACUUGAAGCCUAACACUGUAAACGAAAAAAAUGUGCACAUAAAAUGACUAUGUUUGACCAGAAGGGUUAACGAGAGCUCGGCCUAGUCGACAUUAUUUUUAUUUGUUCGUGUGUAUGUUUGUUUUUAAUUAUGUUAACUUGCAUCUCUCUAAAGAAUUCAGGAAUCCACUGUCUAAGGGCUAAUCCCAUUUUUGCCUAUGCAAAUCUGUUACUGAGGGUGAGUCGGGGAGAGGGCGAGCUACCGCGCCCUUCGCCUGUCGUAGAUGGACCAUGGUUUACAUUGCCCUUUGCUGAUAUUCUUCAAUCCUAUUCAGCAAAAAUGUGUGCUUACUUUUCGUUUCUAUAUUACUAUAAAAAAAUAUAUAUAGAGAUAUAAAUUAGUAUAUAUAAGACAAGUAAUAUACAGAGAGUAUAGUAUAUGCCUUCGUGAUGAUAAAACAGAAACCUUGCUGAAAACAAAUAAAUGUCUGACCUUACGUUGCUGUGCUGGAGUCUUAGUAAGUGGAAGGACAAUAAGCGACUGGAACUCGUCUGACCGACUGUCGGAGCGAAACGCAUUUCUCAGGCUACAACACUGGUAGCUGAGCUUGUGCAGUAUUUCCCUAACUGAGGGGGCGAACACUCUUUAUUUUAUUUAUUCAAGGAAAAACACAUGAAACAAACACAUCAUGGUCACAUGUGACAAAUGCUGUUAUGAGGCGCAUGAGGUGUUUGUGUCGUUGCACAAUAGAACGUUUGGUCAGUUUCAAUGCGAGGCUGUGUAACUUUUGCUGAACACGUGCGAGUCACAAAGGCUGCGCUGAGGUGCGUUGUCGCGCUCGUGGUGCCGGACCGUGUUUAUUCCCUCAUGCAAAAGUUCCAUAGUCUGAAGGGCUGAGACUGAGCAAACCUGGGAAAGAGCUGCGGUGUGAACGUGCACGGUCCACGUACGAGACCUCCUCACCACAAAUACAAAAUUCCUCCUAAAACAAACGGUUAUUUUGUGAUUUUGCUCCAGUUUGACGUCACAUUGUGGGGAUGAAUUCCCAGUUGGGUGAUACCAGUGAGCUUUCUUUGCUGUUGAAUCGCUUUUUGUAGCCUCAUCCAGUUAGACUAUCACUGUGUUUAAACAGUAGCGCUGAUGCUGACCGCGUCGGCCGGAGUGGGUUUUGCUUUUUCUCCACCGAUGCAAGUCGUGGGAAGAGCCCACGUCUCCAUUCUGUUCACUCGCCCAGCUCUUAUGAGCCACGUUAGCUUCGAGCUGGUGACUUGAUGGGAGCGAGGACAUUGGCGCUGAUGCUGAGCAUGCCGUCCGUGCAGUGCAUCAUGGGUAAGGGAAGACCCGUUUACCUGCUCGCAUCUACUCGGCCUGCUUUGUGUUUUUCCGGUGCCUCUUGAUGCUUCACAACAGACCUCAAGGUGUUUUGUUCUGUCGCUCUUUCUCCGUCUCGCUCGGGCUCUCGCGUCCUCCCUCAGCAGCAUCACACAUACAACACUGUUAAUAGCAGUUAGAGGUGAGACGGCCCUGAUUUAGAGCAGAAAUCACACUGAUGUUUGCUCCUCCCACACAAAUACUGACACCCUCAUAUCAUCUCUUUCGUACCUCCCAAAGGUAUUUGUGCUUAUUUAGGAAGGAGAUUCAGUUUGAGCAGGUCCUAGUUGGAGGAGUUUCAGCAGUUUUAGGCAAUCACCUUUCUCUUUAUUGAUUUAGAUGCCUAAGCCUCUUGGUUUUUGUCAUGCCUUUGUAGAUAGUUGACAGUUGUCAAGAGACGACCUGCAGGUGAAAAUAAAAAGAAUUUUCCUGUCACUUUAAGCGAGUGAGAAAGUGACGUUUUUGUAUUGAGCAUGCCUUUUGCUAAAUAAACGAAAUAAUUCAGUUAUUUGCUAUAAACGAUACUGUAUGAGUAUGUACUCAAGUACUGCAGUAUGCAGACAAUUAAAAAUAUCAAACUCUUUUGAGAGGUUCAUAUUUUCUUCUAGUGUGUUUCACUAAUCUUGACAGUUAUGGGUACUCGAUUCUUUUUGUCAGUGUCUCAUGAAUUACCAGAACGACUAAAUGACCCUCGUUGUAUUAACACAUAUAGAUUAUGGUUGGUUAUUUCCACAUUGCAUGACUUGCAGGGCAACUUUAGCAGGACAGCGCUAGUGCAGCACUAAAACGACUGGAGCUCAGCCUUUCCUCACUUCUCACUGGUUGCUCCAGAACAGUUGGCGACGACUGAUCGCGGCGGGUUUUUGGCCUCCGGUUUUUCCGACUUUAUUAGCAGCCAGUCGCAGCGAGCACACUUUGUCCCCCACCUUCAGGGGCCGGCUGUCUUUGUUCAGCGAUGCUGCCCGAGACGCAAGAACCCCAAACUGUAGCAUUAAAAAGACUCUGCUGUCUUAAAAGCCUGAAACGCCAUCGUCUGUUGUACGUUAACACUCGAGGAGACUGGUCUCAACUAGCAUCAGCCUACGAGAUCGGUGCUUCAAGGACGCCAGAGCUGCUGCAGCAUAUUUAGCACUGAGCAUUAGGGAAUGUGUACAUUGUGAGAAACAUGUAAUUAUGUUGGCAUUGGCAAUUUGUCUGCAUGAUAUAAAAAUGUAGUUGUGACAGCAGUGUUCACCGAAGACAGUAGAAACCGCGAUGAUAAAAAACGAAGCCAAAAUCUGAUCAAUUUGGUUCAUACAUUUACAGCGGCUGUGUGAAAUCCUAGUUACAGUAAAUGUAAAUGUGGAAACCCCUGUACUUCCUCGCCAAUAACUGCUGGAUGCAGUUGCAGCCCGCAGCCCCUUAGCUCAGCUCAACGGGGGCCGUCCGACGCCCGCCUGGUCUGGAUUCACACAAAAAGCACUCUGCAUGUGGGUGACGGCAGCGCCGAGUUCUGCUAAGCUAACAAGCUGCCGGCUACAGCUCCACAUGCUUAGACGAGGUGGCAACGGUGGUAUUGAAAGUCCUAUGUAACUAUUUGCCAAAUGUCUACUCCUUCAAAAUAAUAAAAAACAAGUAUGUGAAGUUUACUUUGGGUGAAAUUUGCCUGACACAGUGGUCAAACGUCUCAGUCCUUCUUUGUUGGGUAGAAUGUGCCAAAAUUAUAAUCUACCUUUUUGUUUCCAUUGAACGAGGUCAAAGGAAUUGUUGGAAUGUAUAAUCACGUAUUCUGUUGGGCUGCAACGUGUUCACCUUUGAACGUUGGGUUUGUCAUCUCUGAGUAACCGCCCGUGUCUCACCUCCAUCGCCCCGACGUUCACACCUUGGACCACAUCACGUCCGGCUGUAACCGUCUAACGCAGCAACGCGUUUGCCACGUGUUGAUUUGUUUUGUACUGUUUUAAUUUAUUUUCAUAGCAGGUUAUUGUUUAAGACAUUUUCUCAAGAAGACGCAAAAACUGCUGUUGAACCUCAUGAGUUGCCAUCGCGUUAGCGGCGUGUUCGGUUGUGGUACGUUUUGAUCUGCGGUUCAGUCUCUGUCUUUGUUUACACAAUGACAUGUUGCAUUAAGAGAAAACUCCAGUCUAUGGUAACUGCCCUUGAAUAUCUGUAAUUUAAAUAGUGCUGCUAGAGAAAGAAAUCUAAAUGUAACAACUUACAAUAAAUACUUAAUAGAUUUUUGCCAUA